CUGAGCGGUUCCGUAAUGCCGUUCAUGGUGCUCUACGCUCUGUGGCUGUACUUCUGGCUGUUUGGAGCCGAUGAAUAUUGGGACGCCGGUCUUCCGGUGCUGGCCUGCAUCGGCUUCACGCAGAUUCUGGUGUGCCUGUGCUGUUUCUGGAGCGUUCACGUGCAAACGUUCGUCAACUGUCGUAAGACGAAGGUCCCGUGCCGGGGUUCGAUUGCCAAAGUGAUUCCGACCGAGAACAACGGAACAUCGGAGCUGGUGCGCAUUCACCAGCAGAAUGCGUCCGGUGUCGACGGAGGCGCCGAAACGGGGAACGCAGAAGCAGAACUGAUGUACUGGUUCAUGUUUCAAAAAACCAAGUACAUCUGGGACUCGGAUAAGGCCCAGUUUCGCAGUGUCGAGUUUCCGGUCCAUCGCACGUACGAGGAGUACUACGAGUCGAAGGGGCACCUAGAGGAAGCGGAUGUGGCGUUAGCGCUCAGCACUUACGGAGAUAACGAGAUGGAAAUGGUGGUGCCCGAAUUUUUCGAGCUCUUCAAAGAGCGCGCCACGGCACCGUUUUUCGUGUUUCAGAUUUUCUCGGUGCUGCUCUGGUGUCUGGACGAGUACAUGUACUACUCGCUGUUCACACUCUGCAUGCUGGUCGUUUUCGAGUGCGUUCUGGUGCAGCAGCAGCUCCGCAACUUGUCGGAGAUCCGCAAGAUGGGCAACAAGCCGUACCUGGUGAAUGUGUUUCGCCAGCGCCGCUGGAGACCAGUCAACUCGGCCAAGCUCGUACCGGGCGAUCUGGUGGCCGUAACACGGUCGCAGGACGAAAAUCUGGUCCCGUGCGAUCUGCUUCUGAUCCGCGGAUCGUGCAUUGUCGAUGAAAGCAUGCUGACCGGCGAAUCCGUGCCACAGAUGAAGGAAUCGCUCGAAAACAACACGGACGAGCACAAGAAGGUGCUCGACGUCGAAGCGGACGGAAAGUUGCACGUCCUGUUUCGGGGCACCAAAGUGGUGCAACAUUCCGCACCCAGCAAGGGAGCGAUGCGUUCGCCGGACAAUGGCUGCAUCGGGUACGUUCUGCGGACAGGAUUCAACACCUCGCAGGGCAAGCUACUGCGCACGAUCCUGUUCGGUGUGAAGCGCGUCACCGAGAACAACCUGGAAACAUUCGCGUUCAUCCUUUUCCUAUUGGUGUUUGCGAUCGCAGCGGCCACGUACGUGUGGAUCAAGGGAACAGCAGACCCGGAACGGAAUCGCUACAAACUGUUCCUCGAGUGUACGCUCAUCCUAACGGCAAUCAUUCCGCCCGAUCUCCCCAUCGAGCUGUCGCUGGCCGUCAAUACGUCGCUACUGCAGCUGGCCAAAGUGUUCGUGUACUGCACGGAACCGUUCCGUAUGCCGUUUGCCGGAAAGGUGCAAAUCUGUUGCUUCGAUAAGACGGGCACCCUGACGAGUGAUAAUCUGCAGGUCGAAGGUGUGGCCGGAUUGCGCGCGGAUGCAUCGAUCGUACCGAUCGGAGAGAUCCCGGAGCAACCGGUACACGUGCUGGCUUCGUGCCAUUCACUGGUGCAGCUCGACGAAGGGCUUGUCGGUGAUCCGCUCGAAAAGGCCACCCUUAUGGCGAUCGACUGGAACCUUACGAAGGGCGACACGGUGGUGCCGAGGCGAUCGAAAUUCAAAGCUCUACGGAUCUACCAUCGAUUCCACUUUUCGUCGUCCCUCAAACGGAUGUCCGUGCUGGCCGGCUAUCUGGUGCCGUACUCUAACGAAACAUGCUACAUCGGCGCAGUCAAGGGAGCCCCGGAAGUGGUCGUUAAAAUGCUACGCACCGUACCGGACCACUAUGAGCGUACCUACCUCGAAUAUUCACGCCGCGGGGCCCGUGUCCUCGCACUCGGCUACAAAGCGUUCGGUCCGCUCGACAACAAUACGGUGCGCGAACUGAAGCGCGAUGACGUAGAGCGGGACCUGGAGUUUGCAGGGUUUCUCAUCAUUUCCUGUCCAUUGAAACCGGACUCAAAGUCCGCCAUCAAGGAGAUCAUUCAGGCCUCGCACAAGGUGAUGAUGAUCACGGGCGACAAUCCGCUGACGGCGUGCCAUGUCGCAAAGGAGCUACGCUUCAGUCGGCGCACGAUCGUCGUCCUAACACCGCCGGAUGCUGGGAGCGAAACCGAGGACACGGACUGGCACUGGGAAUCGGUCAGUCGGGAGCUAAGCAUUCCGCUCGAUGCGAGCACCGUCAAGAAGCUGUACCGAGAGUAUGAUUUCUGUAUCACCGGUGAAGGAUUGCAGUAUCUGGAUCGUGAACGGCAUUCCUACCUUCAGCAGAUUAUGCCGUAUGUGACCGUUUUUGCGCGAUUCGCUCCAAAGCAGAAAGAGUACGUCAUCACGACACUCAAGAAGCUCGGCUACUACACGCUAAUGUGCGGUGACGGAACGAACGACGUCGGAGCGUUGAAACACGCGCACGUCGGCGUGUCGCUGCUCAGCCACUUACCGUCCCGUGCCGAGCGGAAACAGCAAAGGGAACAGCAGGAAGAGAAGGAAGAAAAAAAGAAAGCGCUCAAAGGUGCCGCGGCUGCUGGGCCAAACGCGGCAGCGGCAGCAGACGAAGUGAACCGUCGGCAGUUGACACCGCGUGAAAGGGCACUCCUGAGGGCCAAAGAGAACCAGGAGAGACUGCAAAAAGCCCUGAAGGAGAUGGACGAAGAGCAAGUGCAGAUUGUGAAGCUGGGUGAUGCGAGCAUCGCCGCUCCUUUCACCAGUCGUCUUACGUCCAUCAACUGUGUGUGUCACAUAAUCAAGCAAGGCCGAUGCACGCUGGUGACCACGCUGCAGAUGUUCAAAAUCCUUGCCCUCAACGCACUGAUCUCCGCCUACUGCCAGUCGGUGUUGUACAUCGACGGCGUGAAGCAUAGCGAUAUGCAGCUCACACUGCACGGCCUGUUAACCGCCGCCUGCUUUCUGUUCAUAACGCGCUCCAAACCACUGAAGGUGUUAUCGAAGCAGGCGCCACUGCCAAACAUCUUCAACCUGUACUCGGUGAGCACAAUCCUGGCACAGUUUGCGGUCCACUUUGCGGCCCUCAUUUACAUGGUGCACGAAGCCAAUCUACGUUUGCCCCCAAGGGAAGGCAAAGUAAAGCUGAACGUCGAUCUGGAUCCGGAUGAGAAGCAAGAGUUUGAACCGAACAUCGUGAACAGCACGGUGUACAUUAUCGGUAUCGCGAUGCAGAUUGCAACGGUGGCCGUCAACUACAAGGGCCACCCGUUCAUGGAGAGCCUACGGGAAAACCGAUUGCUCUCGUACGCGAUCUUCAGCUCGAGCGCGAUGGUCCUGUGCCUGGCGCUGGGCGUUUUGCCCGAUCUGCUCGCCACCUUCGAUGUCAUCGACUUCGAAGCGGAUUUUCGCCGAAUUCUUGUCACCGUACUGAUAGCGGACAUGCUGCUGGCCUACCUAGUCGAUCGCAUCUGUUCGUUUCUCUUCGGCGAAACGCGUCGAAAGUCGGACAUCAUUACUUAACUCCGUUCGUCGAUCCAUCAACGCAACGGGGUCGACAGAGGGACACAAUUAAAUGUAACGAAACCGAGGGGUAGUUUUUUUGAUCGAAAAAUCUGCAAUUCGUACACGAUUGUUGAGUGUGCACGUACACAAUAGAUAGAUGCCAGAAAGCGGGGAGCCUUCACCGAACUUUCUUCGAUAACCACUGAACAACGGAGUGAAACGGAACCGUGCGAUUAUUGAUAGGAUCGGGGAAGUUUACAGAUACAAAUGCGCGCAUUUAAAUUAUGUUUUCACCUACCAAUGAA